GCUUUGAAUAUCAAUUAAAUGGCUUGUGGGCAUGGCGUCCUCUUCGGGAUGUAUUUCACCGUCAGAGCGAUAAAGGAACCGUUCCUACGCGCGCAGAUGAAUAUCACAGUGCUCAUUGUAAAGCCAUAAACACCUCAGAGUGCACCAAGAGAUACCAGUCUAAGACGUGUGAUAGAAGAGGAAGUGAGUGACCUUUUACUGGGUAACUGUGUCAAGAUACACUCGUCCUGACUGUAGGUGAUAUCAACCUCCGUGGCAUCAACUGCACUUCCCCUUUACUGACCAAGCUCCAAACCCUGUCAUUCCUCAAUCAAACAGGAAUGGCAGGCGAAGAGACAUCCUCUUCAUGUUCCACACCUUCAGAGGCCCAUGAAGCUACUGAACAGUUGGGUUGUGUCACUGUUGAGCGCCAUGUUCCACGGGUCAAUUGUCCAGAACAUAUUAUUCUUGUCAUAGAUGUUUGCAAAGAAGAAGGGAAUACACCGUACAAGCUUGCAGAUGGUACAAAAUAUUCACCAAUGUAUAUGAUGAAACGUGCUCUUACUCUCUUCUUGCAAAAUAAGCAUGCCAUUGAUUCACGGCAUAAGUUCGCUCUGAUGCUGUUACAUGAGUCACCAGUAUGGCUCCAUGACUUCACAAGUAACCCAAAAGACAUAAUCGCUGAGUUGGAUGAGUUGGAAGAAGCCGUUACUUCGGGAUCCCACUUUGACCUGAGCCAUCUCUUCAGCCUCAUUGCAAAUCAGGUGUCAGUGCCUCAUUGCUCAAACCCAGCUGUGGCUCCUCCGCCCUACGUCAUCAGAACGAUCAUGCUCUAUGGAAGGUCACAGUGUUUACCGCAGUUCCUGUCGGGUAAAACGAGCUUUACCAACCUGAGUCAGAGCCCGCAUUACUUCCUUGAUAUUUUGUAUAUGCAUGAGACUCCAAGUGAUGAUAAUAAGUGUGAGGGGAUCUUCGACUUGUUGUGUGGACUGGAUGAGAGCGGUUGGAGCUAUGUUUUGGAAGUAUCUCGCAAUGCCACCAAGCUGCACAAUCAUUGUGGUUCUCUCCUUGCUCACCCUCUACAGCGACCCACACAGAAGGAUGUGCAUUAUACACUCGUAGCAACAGAGUAGUAUGUCGGGGUUUUCUAGUCAUUACUGCUAUUGUUAUGAUUUUUUAUAUUAUUGUGUUUUGUAUCAUUAUUAAGUAUUUUUUAAUGCAUUUAUGGUAUGAUUAUUUGCUUAUAUAUUUUUGAAAUGUGUUCCUUCAUUGAUUGAUUUUUUUAAAAAGUAAUUUACUGUAUAUAUAUGUUUUUGAUUUUGUAUGACAGAUACAGAGAGAGAAAAGUGGUGAAAUACAGAUGAAUAUGGAUCAAAAGAUAUGAUCAAGCAGAUGCAAGGUAACAAUUAAAGAUAAAUAUGUAGACAAACACUCAGAGAUAAAUAUUGAGAUAGACAGACAGACAGAAGGAAAGUUGUUUACAGAUAACUGUCAUAUUUUGUAAGCUACCUACUAGUAAUAAAAUCUGCCAUGAAAAUGUACUAAUGUGUAUGAAAUAUGUAUGAUAUUUGCACUUUUUGAUAAGUAAAUGAUAAAAUGUCA